AUGGCAGCAGGGGCAGCGGUCGGAGCCUGGAUGCUAGUCCUCAGUCUGUGGGGGGCAGUCACAGGGGACCAAAACAUCACAGCCCGGAUCGGGAAGCCACUGGUGCUGAACUGUAAGGGAGCCCCCAAGAAACCACCCCAGCAGCUGGAAUGGAAACUGAACACAGGCCGGACAGAAGCUUGGAAGGUCCUGUCUCCCCAGGGAGACCCCUGGGAUAGCGUGGCUCGGGUCCUCCCCAACGGCUCCCUCCUCCUGCCGGCUGUUGGGAUCCAGGAUGAGGGGACUUUCCGGUGCCGGGCAACGAGCCGGAGCGGAAAGGAGACCAAGUCUAACUACCGAGUCCGAGUCUAUCAGAUUCCUGGGAAGCCAGAAAUUGUUGAUCCUGCCUCUGAACUCAUGGCUGGUGUCCCCAAUAAGGUGGGGACAUGUGUAUCCGAGGGGGGCUACCCUGCAGGGACUCUUAGCUGGCUCUUGGAUGGGAAAACUCUGAUUCCUGAUGGCAAAGGAGUGUCCAUGAAGGAAGAGACCAAGAGACACCCGGAGACAGGGCUUUUCACACUCCAUUCGGAGCUGAUGUUGACCCCAGCUCGGGGAGGAGCUCUCCACCCCACCUUCUCCUGUAGCUUCACCCCUGGCCUUCCCCGGCGCAAAGCCCUGCACACGGCCCCCAUCCAGCUCAGGGUCUCGAGUGAGCGCCGAGGUGGGGAGGGCCCCAACGGGGAUGCUGUGCCACUGGAGGAAGUCCAGUUGGUGAUAGAGCCAGAAGGAGGAGCAGUAGCUCCUGGUGGUACCGUGACCUUGACCUGUGAAGCCCCCACCCAGCCCCCACCUCAAAUCCACUGGAUCAAGGAUGGCAGGCCCCUGCCCCUUCCCCCUGGCCCCGUGCUACUCCUCCCAGAGGUAGGGCCUGAGGACCAGGGAACGUACAGCUGUGUGGCCACCCAUCCCAGCCAUGGGCCCCAGGAGAGCCGUGCUGUCAGCGUCAGCAUCAUCGAAACAGGCGAGGAAGGGACGACUGCAGGCUCUGUGGAAGGGCCGGGGCUGGAAACCCUAGCCCUGACCCUGGGGAUCCUGGGAUGCCUGGGGACAGUCGCCCUGCUCACUGGGCUCAUCGUGUGGCAUCGAAGGCGGCAACGCAAAGGACAGGAGAGGAAGGUCCCAGAAAACCAGGAGGAAGAAGAGGAGGAGAGAGCGGAACUGAACCAGCCAGAGGAGCCUGAGGCAGCAGAGAGCAGCACAGGAGGGCCUUGAGGAGCCCACGGCCAGACCCCAUCCAUCAGCCCCUUUUCUUUUCCCACAGUCUGUUCCGGCCCCAGCCCAGUUCUCUGUAUAAUCUU